GGGACUCUGACUGUCUUCGAAAGGUCAUCUUGGAUCUCUAACACAUAACUACAUUGCGUUUUGCAUAUCUUCAAGAGAUUGUUUCAAUCCUCCGCCAUGCCAGCUAAUAAAUCUUUCCCUCUGGUUGUAGAUGUAUGGGCCAACCCAACCCACAAUCGGAUUCCAGAGACGGAGCGCCUUUUUAAACAAAGCCAUGCGGACCCUGCGCUGUUCUCCAAAAAGCUCUCUCCAGAGCAGAUCAUCGCUCUGAUGGAUGAAGCUGGCGUAUCGCAGAUAUGCCUAUCGGCCUGGAACAGGCCAGGUUCCGUCAUCGCGUCUAACGAGGAAAUUGCCGAGUAUACUCGAGCUUUCCCCAACCGCAUUUUCGGCCUUGUGUCGGUCGAUCUGCACGAUCCCGUGUCUGCGGUAAAGGAUCUAGAUCACUACGUUAGGAAAGAAGGCUUCAAGGGUCUUCGGGUUGUGCCGUGGCUAUGGAACCUUCCCCCGACCGAUGCGCAUUAUUGGCCACUGUUCGUCAAGUGCAUCGAGCUUGACGUUCCGUUCCUCACACAGGUCGGUCACACAGGACCGCUUUGCCCAAGCGAAGUAGGAAGACCGAUUCCUUAUAUCGACGAAAUAGCACUCAAGUUCCCAGAUUUGAAGAUCAUUUGUGGCCAUCUCGGCUAUCCUUGGGCUGCUGAGAUGGUUUCUGUGGCAUGGAAGCACCCUAACGUCUACAUCGAUACAAGCGCUUGGUCACCCAAGUACUACGACCCAGCGUUUAUCACAUUUGCAAACACUACGGGUCGGAAGAAAGUCAUGUUCGGAACCAACUUUCCGCAGCUGACCUGGAAAGACUGUGUGAACAAUGUACACAAAGGCCACGGGAAGAACGGGAAGGGGGGAUUGAAAGAAGAAGUACUAGAUGACUUCAUAGGGGGGAAUGCUAAGAGAGUCUUGAAGUUACCUGACUGGAACGACAAAGAAGCUCAGUCGAAACUGUAGGAUCAACAUUCAGUUGCGUGGUGGGCCUGUCUUUAUCUGUUCCGGAUCGGUCACUGUCUUUGUAGCAUGAUGAUCUACAUAUUGCCUCAGUCCAGUUGCAAUAGUGAUGAAGAGCGUUUGCGCAGACACAGA